AUGACCAGACAAUCCCUCUCAAGAGCCGCCGGCAUCGUCGGUCGCAACGUACGCACCUCCACCACCCGCGCAGUUCUGUUUGCGCCUCGGCGUGCUGUUGCCGCCCCCACCAUUCGAGCUCUCUCCGUCCCAUUCACGACAACGUCAAGGUUCCUCUCAACGACGCCCUCCCGGACCAGAGGCAUCCUUCCCGACUCCGACGACCCUCCCCCUCCCAAUGUCCAAGACGAUGAUGUCAAGGCCAUUCCCGCCAAUCUCACCGACGCAGAGUACCAUGAGGUGUCCGACACGUACCUCGAGGUCAUCUUGUCGGAGCUGGAGACCCUCGCCGACAAGAACGAGUCCAUCGAGGUUGAAUACUCUGCCGGCGUCCUCACCUUCAUCUUCCCGGACAUCGGCACCUACGUGAUCAACAAGCAGCCCCCCAACAAGCAGAUCUGGCUGUCGAGCCCCAUAUCCGGCCCCAAGCGCUACGACUACGUCGUCUCGGGCGAGGGCCAGAGCCAGAAGGAGGACACCGCCGUCGGCGACUGGGUCUACAUACGCGACGGCUCCACCCUCGGCGAGCUCUUCCUCAAGGAGCUCAACAUCGACCUCUCCCUGUCCCUCGGCCGGUAG